CGGGUCCCAGCUGUAUUCAGUAGGAUGUUUUUGGUUCAAUAUAGAGAAUGUAUAUAAUAUAUUAACGUACUGUAGUUCUGCUUUAGUCAACAGUACCUAUUUGUAGAAUUGGAUAAUAUUUUAAAGCAGUUUUACCGUCGUUAUGGCGGACGGAGCGAAGGCACCUAAUGAUAAGGGGGCGCCUAACCCAACAGCUCCGAGCGCAGUGAACAAACGUAUUAGGGAUGUUAAGAACGCCGGACCCUCCCAGCGAAGAGCAAGUCUCGCAGGCGGAGUAUACAACUAUACAGAAACGCUAAAAGAAAAACAGGCCCGCUUCCGAGAGGAAAGGGAAAAGCGAAAAAUUCGUUUAACUCCCAUGCAUAAAUACCUCAUUCAUUAUGUUGCUGAACAUCUUCAAAUGGAGAACAAUGUAGUAGAGGAAUUUAUUCUGGAUUCUUCCGACCAAAUAGAUAUUUUGGAUUCCUUUAUUGACAAAAAUGGAAGAAAGGCUCUUAUGUUUUUCCACCAAGAUGGAGAAUCGCCCAAAUUGGAGUCUGGAAGAAUUGUUCCUAAGGUUGAUAAAAUGAAAAGAGUUUUUGUGACUGAUGGAUUGAAAGAACCAAUUACUGGACAAUGUUUAUAUUUCAUUAAACCAAGAGGAGAGCAAGCUCUUUCAAUGAGAAAUAUUCAUGAGGAAAUAAACUUCGGAGUGCUUGAUGUGGAAGACAAUGGUGGCCUUCUACCUGCAAUACGACAACUGUUUGCAAAAGUUUAUCUCCCAACAAUACAAGCAAUGGAGAAUUGGGGCAAUCUCACUGAAACUCCCCAUGGAAAGAAAACAAAAGAAGCAUUCAUCAACCAUGUGGAAAGCUUUGUACACUAUCUUGACAGUGCACAGAUGAAUGUGGAUGGAGCAGUUAGACUUGUUGAAUGUACGGAUGUUGACCUUGAUAGCAUUAAAUCUGCUGCUGAUUGUGCUGAAGCAGCAAAGGAUCCAGAUAUUGUUUCAAAACUUGAAGAACUUGUAUCUGGUUGGCGGAAACAAAUUGAACAAGUCCUUGCAGAAAGUGAACAGAUGCGUAAAGAAGCUGAUGACACUGGACCACUAGCUGAGUUAGAACAUUGGAGAUUUCUUAUGUCUAAGUUCAACUCACUGCUUGAACAUAUCAAAGGCAGCAGAUGUAAGGCUGCUAUCAACACAUUGCAUGCUGCCAAAUCCAAAGUUUUAAAGCUCUGGAGAGAAAUGGAUGCACAAAUAACUGAUCAUGCAAAUGAAGCAAAAGAUAAUGUCAAAUACUUGUACUCCCUGGAAAAGGCAUGCACUCCACUGUACAACUCAGAUCCUGUGAAUAUGAUUGAAGUCAUUCCAACUUUGAUCAACAUCAUCAGCAUGAUACAAAACAUUUCAAGAUACUACAAUACAUCACAGAGAAUGACUUCACUGUUUAUUAAAGUAACUAACCAGAUGGUAACAGCUUGCCGAAAGUACAUCACAGACAAUGGGCAAAGGAGAAUAUGGGAUCAAGAUAGCGCUUUAGUGAAAAAGAAGAUUAAUGAUUGUGUUGUGCUUUAUAAAGAAUACAUCAAUGGCUUUCAAAGAAUGAAGGUUGACUUGCAAACUGGACCCGAAAAAAAUUUAGACUUUUCCGAAAUGUAUAUUUUCGGGAAAUUUGAAACUUUUUGUAGAAGACUGAACAAGAUCACAGAAUUGCUACAAACAAUCGAAGUGUUUUCAAUGCUUAGUGAGAGCAAAAUAGAAGGCAUUGAUAGUCUUGCAAACAAGUUUCAGUCUGUUGUUAGCAAUACUAAGAAGAAGCCUUACGACAUACUGGAUCACAGAAAAAUUGACUUUGAUAAUGAUUUUGAGAACUUCAAAGAGUCAAUCUACACUCUUGAAUGUCAGCUUCAAACGUUCAUGGAUUCAUGCUUCGAACGUGUACAAGCUUCAGCACAAGCUUUGCUUCUUCUCAAACGCUUUGAAAAACUAAAAAUACCAUGUCUUCAGUCUGAUAUUUCUGACAAGUAUGCCGUCAUACUCCGCACAUUUGGACAAGAGAUAGAUGAAAUAAAGAAGCUCUACCAGAAGUUCCGUGAUGAUCCUCCCAUCCCUAGGGACAUGCCUCCCAUUGCAGGAAAGAUUAUGUGGUCUCGACAACUCUUCAGAAAGAUUGAAGAACCUAUGGAGGUUUUCCAAGAGUUUGCUCCGGAAUUGUUAAAGGAGAAAGAUGGUAAAACACUGGUUAAAAACUACAACCGCAUGGGUAAAAUCCUAAUGGAGUUUGAAGUUCUUUACUACCGUGCAUGGUGCAGAGAAACUGACAACAUUAAAUACGCACUACAGGCAACAUUGUUAGUCCGUCACCCUGAAACAAAGCAGCUUCACAUCAACUAUGAUCCCCAAGUGCCAGCCAUGGUUAGAGAAGCAUUGUGCAUGAAUAAGAUGGAUCUUGAAGUGCCUGAGGUCGCAACAAACUUGUUGCGAAAAAUAGACGACCUUAAGAACACAAAGGAAACAUUGGAAACACUGCUUGGUGAUUAUGACAAAGCAAAAGAGAGCAUCCCAAGUAUAUUCAUGCCUCUGAUGAAACAACAUCUGCAUCAAGUGGAUCGGGCAAUAAGGAACGGACUUGUCUUCAUAACUUGGAGCUCACUCAAUCAUAAGUUAUACUUCCACAAUGUUGAGAAAGUAUUGAACCAACUAAAUCGAGUUAUUCGUGAUGUUAAUGAUUUGAAAGAAGCUCGUAUUGAUGAAAUGUUGCAAGAUAUUGCCACCACUGCUCUAGUUGACUUGGAGGAUGAAAUAACUUAUACCAUCCAAGAAUUUCUCGGCCGUGCAAAGGACCACUGCGAUGCAAUGGCCAAAUACCUGAAUCGGAAGAGCAAACACAUUGAGUUAGCUGUUCACGACUUAAUACAAGUCUUCGCAAAGCAUUCUGGAAGGACUGACUUUGUAUUUAACAUGGAAAGUUCUGUGAGUUCGAAAUCCAAAUAUAAAGAUAGCAUUGAUUUUAAUGAGGAUGAUGCAUUCGCAGUUGAAUGUGAGGAACUAGUUGAAUACUUUAAAACUAGAACUUUGGAGGCUUUGCUCAAAUGCACAAGGCAGUCAUUGGAUCUCAUUAAACGCAGGGUAUUCUACCCCAAGUCAGCAUAUGGGCGAAGAAUGUCCGACCAGUUAACUAACGCACCAACUGGCAGUAUACAACUUGUACGUGAAGGAAUGGCUCCACUGUUGGUAUCCAAUGUGGAACUAGCCAUACCUAAUGUAGAGCUGAAGCCUAACUUGGAGGAAGUACAAUCAGCUAUCAAUGAAACUGCAAGAUGCAUUGUUGAAGUUAGCAAGGGAGUUGUGUGCUGGGGACAGGCACAACCUGAUGAGGUUGAUCUGGAGAUGGAAAGAAGAGGUUCUGCUGGAAGGAAUUACAAACGGGAGGAUGGAAAGAAAAUGGGGAGUCAGAUGACUUUGCAGAACUCCUUUGAUAAACUGCAGAAUCAUUAUAAGGCGAUAUCUGAGCACAAAGACAUCACAAAACUAGUGAUGAUGUUGGGGAGUGCAAUGAACAACAUUCGGGAACCAGUGACAAAGAAUCUUCAACAAUUUAAUCACUUCCAGAUGCUCUGGGAGGAGGAGAGAGAAACAGCAGUGAAGGAGUUCAUGGCAACCAACCCGUUAUUAACUGAGUUCCGUGCUGAGAUAAUGAAAUAUGAAGAUAUCAAUCAACGUGUAGAUGUUCUUCCUAACUCCAUCAGUGUUGGACCACUGCAGUUACUUCCAGCUAACAUCAAGAUGUCACUUGUGGUUGAAACUAAGUCUUGGAAAGUGAGCCUAUGCAAGUGCUUGAACAUUGAAUAUCGAAGCAAGAUGGAAGAAGUGUUUGAUUUCAUCAACGAAUAUUCCAAACGCCUUACGCGACCAAUCAAAGACCUUGAUGAUAUCAGGGAAGCAAUGAAUUCACUUGAUACGAUCAAACAUGAGUUUACAAAGAUUGAUUUUACUAUUGGUCCUGUUGAGGAAGCAUACGCCAUCAUGCAGAAGUUCAAUGUAAAUGUGAACCAUGAAGAAAUCAACAAGGUUGACACACUGAGAUACAGCUGGAAUAAACUACUCUCUCAAUCCAACAUGGUUUCAGACAAACUGUGUAAAGUGCAACCUGAGUUUCGAUCAGAUCUCAUCGAGAAAGUGGAAAAGUUUCAUGUUGAUUCCGCUGCCUUCCAAGAUGCUUAUGAUGCUAAUGGACCGAUGGCUGAUGGGAUUUCUCCUGUGGAAGCAAGUGACAGACUACAAGUUUAUCAAAGCAGGUUUGAUGAUCUUUGGAGAAAGUUCCAAACAUACAAUGCUGGUGAGGAGUUAUUUGGAUUACAAGUCACUGAAUACCCAGCACUGCAGCGCUCAAAGAAAGAACUUAACUUGCUACAGAAGUUAUACGGACUCUACAAUGCUGUCAUGAAGUCUAUAAAUGGAUAUUUUGAUAUCUUAUGGUCUGAGGUUGACAUUGAUAAAAUCAACCAGGAGUUGCUGGACUUUCAAAACAGAUGCCGCAAGCUUCCUAAAGGUUUGAAGGAGUGGCAAGCCUUUAACGAUCUCAAAACUAAAAUUGAUGAUUUUAACGAGACAUGCCCUUUACUUGAACUUAUGUCAGAUAAAGCAAUGAAGAAGAGGCAUUGGGAGAGGAUUGAAAACCUAACUGGAUAUUCUUUUGACAUUGAAAAUGAGAAUUUUCAACUUCGCAACAUUAUGGCUGCUCCUCUGCUUAAAUAUAAAGAAGAUAUUGAGGAUAUUUGCAUCAGUGCAGUGAAGGAGAAGGACAUUGAAGCAAAACUUAAUGUUGUGGUUGCUGAAUGGAGUGCUAACAUACUAAGUUUCAGUGUUUUCAAAGCAAGAGGUGAGCUGCUCCUGAAAGGUCAGGAAACAUCUGAGAUCGUUAUGAUGUUAGAGGACAGCCUUAUGAUCCUUGGAUCUUUACUGAGCAACAGGUACAACGCUCCCUUUAAACCAAAGAUCCAGCUGUGGGUUCAAAAGCUUUCCAAUACAUCAGAUAUUAUUGAGAACUGGUUGAUUGUUCAAAACUUGUGGGUUUAUUUGGAAGCUGUGUUUGUGGGUGGUGACAUUGCAAAGCAGUUGCCUAAGGAAGCGAAAAGGUUUUCCAACAUUGAUAAAUCGUGGGUGAAAAUAAUGACACGAGCUCAUGAAACACCCAAUGUGGUUCAAUGCUGUGUUGGAGAUGAAACACUUGGACAGCUUCUACCUCAUCUACUUGAACAACUCGAGCAGUGCCAGAAAUCUCUAACAGGAUAUUUGGAACAGAAGCGUCUCGUCUUUCCCCGUUUCUUUUUCGUAUCAGACCCCGCUCUUCUUGAGAUUCUUGGUCAAGCAAGUGACUCACAUUCCAUACAAAGUCACUUACUUGGGGUGUUUGAAAACGUCAACAAAGUGGAUUUUCAUGAAAAAGAUUACGAUCGGAUGCUUGCUGUUGUGUCUAAAGAAGGAGAAACUAUCAUGCUUGAGAAACAAGUGGUUGCGAAAGGAAAUGUUGAAAUAUGGUUGGGUGAUUUACUUCGUGAGCAACAGAACUCACUACAUGCUGUUAUACGUGAUGCUGCAAUACAACUAUCUGAUGCUGGUUUCCAAAUCCAUCCUUACCUGGAAACUGCUCCUGCUCAGGUCGGCUUACUUGCUCUUCAAAUGUUAUGGACACGAGAUGCAGAGGAAGCUCUUUCCAAUGCUCGUCAUGAUAAAAAGAUCAUGCCAAUCACCAACCAAAGAUUCCUUGAUCUCCUCAAUACAUUGAUUGCCGUGACAACUAAAGAACUCACCAAGUUUGAUCGGAUCAAGUUUGAAACUCUUAUCACGAUUCACGUGCAUCAGCGUGAUAUCUUUAAUGAUUUGGUUAAAAUGCACAUCAAGACACCUCUUGAUUUUGAGUGGUUGAAACAAUCUCGAUUUUAUUUCAACAACGACACAGAUAAAUGUGUCGUGAGCAUCACUGAUGUCGACUUUAUUUAUCAAAACGAGUUCCUGGGAUGCACAGACAGACUUGUGAUUACUCCUUUAACUGACAGAUGUUACAUUACACUUGGUCAAGCGCUCGGCAUGAGCAUGGGAGGUGCACCUGCUGGACCUGCAGGCACAGGGAAGACUGAAACAACCAAAGACAUGGGGAAAGCAUUGGGGAAAUAUGUUGUUGUGUUUAACUGCUCAGAUCAAAUGGAUUUCAGAGGAUUGGGAAGAAUCUACAAAGGUUUAGCACAGUCAGGAUCAUGGGGUUGUUUUGAUGAGUUUAACCGCAUCGACCUCCCUGUGCUCUCUGUGGCUGCUCAACAAAUCUACAUCGUCCUCCAAGCCAAGAAAGAUAGGAAGACCAACUUUGUCUUCACUGAUGGAGAUAACGUCAGCUUAAACCCGGAGUUUGGACUUUUUAUCACAAUGAACCCUGGUUAUGCAGGAAGACAAGAACUACCUGAAAACCUAAAAGUUCAAUUUCGUUCGGUGGCCAUGAUGGUACCUGACAGACAGAUCAUCAUGAGAGUUAAACUUGCCAGCUGUGGUUUUGUGGAAAAUAUUGUCCUUGCUCAAAAGUUUUACACGCUGUAUAAGUUGUGUGAGGAACAACUUACAAAACAAGUUCAUUAUGAUUUCGGAUUACGUAAUAUUCUGUCUGUACUUCGAACACUAGGGGCAACAAAGAGAGCUCGUCCAAAUGAUGGAGAACCAACUAUUGUGAUGCGAGUUCUUCGUGAUAUGAACGUUUCUAAGCUGGUUGAUGAAGACGAACCUUUAUUCUUAAGUUUAAUCAACGAUCUGUUCCCUGGUAUUGUAUUGGAUAGUGCUACAUAUGAAGACCUACAAGCAGCCAUAGCUAUGAAUGUUGAUGAUAUGGGAAUUGUUAAUCACCCACCAUGGAAUUUAAAGGUUGUUCAGUUAUUUGAGACACAGCGUGUAAGACAUGGAAUGAUGGUGCUUGGACCAAGUGGUGCAGGGAAGACAGCUUGUGUUAACAUGAUCAUGAAAGCUAUGACUGAAUGUGGAGAACCACAUAAGGAAGUCAGGAUGAACCCGAAAGCCAUCACUGCUCCUCAGAUGUUUGGUAGGUUGGAUGUUGCUACUAAUGAUUGGACAGAUGGAAUAUUCAGCACUUUGUGGAGAAGAUCUCAUAGAACAAAGAAAGGUGAAAACAUGUGGCUUGUACUUGAUGGUCCUGUGGAUGCAAUCUGGAUCGAAAACCUCAACUCUGUGUUGGAUGACAACAAAACCCUCACUCUUGCUAAUGGUGACAGAAUACCAAUGGCACCUAACUGUAAAAUUCUAUUUGAGGUGCACAACAUAGACAAUGCAUCACCUGCCACUGUGUCAAGGAAUGGGAUGGUCUACAUAAGUUCCUCCGCUCUUGAUUGGCGACCAAUAUUAGACGGUUGGCUGUUGAAACGACCAGCACAAGAAGCUGACCACAUCAGGACACUGUUCCACUCAGUAUUUGAAGAUCUAUACACCUUCUCGAUGCAAAACCUAAUUCCAAAGAUGGAGCUGCUUGAAUGCAACUACAUCGUUCAGGCAUUGAAUGUUCUGGAAGGUUUAAUCCCCAGCAAGGAAGAGGUUGGCAUCCUCCCACAGUUUCAUAUCGAGCGUCUCUUCAUCUUCUGCCUCAUGUGGAGUGUGGGAGCAACCCUCGAGCUAGCGGACAGAGCAAGGAUGGAGGGCUUCCUCAUGGAGCACGAGAGCAAACUUGAUCUUCCGUCAAUUGAAUCAGGAAGUGGACACACCAUCUUUGAGUUUGUACCUGAUGCAAAUGGUGCAUGGGAACAUUGGUCACAGCGAGUGGUUGAAUAUAUUUACCCAAACGAUUCCAUUCCUGAAUAUUCAUCUAUCCUUGUUCCAAAUGUUGAUAACAUACGGACUAAGUUCCUUAUUGAUGUGAUUUCAAAACAGAACAAGGCUGUGUUAUUAACUGGUGAACAAGGAACAGGUAAAACUGUCCUCAUCCAAGGUUAUAUGCUUGGUUUUGAUCCAGAGGUUAUGAUGGCAAAGUCAUUCAACUUCAGCUCUGCUACUGAACCAAACAUGUUUCAGUUAACCAUUGAGAGUUAUGUUGACAAACGUAUGGGAAGCACAUACGGACCUCCUGCUGGUAGAAAGAUGACAGUGUUUAUUGAUGAUGUCAACAUGCCUGUUAUUAAUGAAUGGGGUGACCAGAUCACAAAUGAGAUUGUUCGUCAAAUGAUGGAGAUGCAUGGGAUGUACUCCCUUGAAAAACCUGGUGAUUUCACGAACAUAGUAGACAUGCAGUUUAUUGCGGCCAUGAUCCACCCUGGUGGGGGAAGGAAUGAUAUUCCUCAACGUCUCAAACGUGCUUUCAAUGUAUUCAACUGCACAUUACCUUCUAAUGCAUCUAUUGAUAAAAUAUUUGGUAUAAUUGGACUUGGAUACUUCUGUGUUGAGCGUGGAUUCAACCCUGACAUUGUGGAUAUUAUUGCUAAGCUUGUACCAGCUACAAGGACCCUAUGGCAGUGGACAAAGGUUAAAAUGCUCCCGACUCCAGCAAAGUUCCACUACAUCUUCAACCUCCGGGAUUUAUCGAGGAUCUGGCAAGGGAUGCUCACCGUUAAAACGGAAGAGUGCCAAGAGAAAUCUGAUAUUAUCAGUUUGUUUAAACAUGAAUGCACAAGAGUCAUUGCUGACCGGUUCACCAACAAAGAUGACAAACUGUGGUUUGAAUCCUCGUUGAUCCGUGUGAUGAAGGAAGAAGUUGAUGAAGGGUUGGCAGCAUCAGCUAUAGGGACCGAACCUUACUUUGUUGAUUUCCUCCGUGAUGCUCCUGAACCAACAGGGGAAGAGGGGGAUGAUGCAGAUCUUGAUGCUCCAAAGAUUUAUGAACAAGUACCAACAUUGGAAGCAUUAUCCGAAAAGCUGCUUGCAUACAUGGCUCAAUACAAUGAAUCAGUUCGAGGUGCAAGCAUGGACCUUGUGUUCUUUAAAGAUGCCAUGACUCAUCUUGUAAAGAUAUCCCGUAUAAUCCGCACUCCACGUGGAAGUGCGUUGUUAGUUGGUGUUGGAGGGUCAGGGAAACAAAGUUUAACCAAACUUGCUUCUUUCAUUGCUGGAUAUAAACCUUUCCAAAUCACUCUAACCAGGACAUACAAUGCACAGAAUCUGAUGGAUGAUUUAAAAGUUCUAUACAGAACAGCAGGAGGGGAUGGGAAAGGUGUUUCAUUCAUAUUCACUGAUAACGAUAUCAAGGAAGAAGGUUUCCUUGAAUAUUUGAACAACAUCUUAUCCUCUGGAGAGGUAUCUGGUUUAUUUGCUCGUGAUGAAAUUGAUGAAAUAACUCAAGGGUUAAUCUCGGUCAUGAAACGAGAAUUUCCCCGUCGCCCUCCAACCCAGGAAAACUUGUACGAAUAUUUUAUAUCACGGUCGAGGGACAACCUGCAUAUCGUGCUCUGUUUCUCACCAAUUGGAGAAAAGUUCCGAAACCGAGCUCUCCAAUUCCCUGGUCUUUUCAGUGGUUGUACAAUGGAUUGGUUUACCAGAUGGCCACGUGAUGCUCUUGUUGCCGUGUCCAACCAUUUCCUUUCCAAGGUUGAUGUUGUAUGUGAGGCUGAGGUGAAGAGACAACUCAUACAAACCAUGGGGGUGUUCCAUGAUAAAGUGGCUGAAACUUGUGUGGAGUAUUUUGACAGAUAUCGCCGUACAACUCAUGUCACCCCGAAGUCCUAUUUAUCCUUUCUUGAUGGAUACAAAGGAAUCUACAAAGAAAACCAUACAUUGCUGGAUGAUUUAUCAAGUAGAAUGAACACAGGUUUGGAUAAACUGCUUGAAGCUGGAGAGUCAGUUGCUCAACUUUCCAAAGAACUUGUGGUGAAGGAGAAAGACUUGGCUGUUGCUUCUGUUAAAGCUGAUCAGGUAUUGAAAGAAGUGACAGUAUCUGCCACAGCUGCUGAGAAAGUUAAGAACGCUGUGUUGAAAGUGAAAGAAAAGGCUCAGAUCAUUGUGGACAGUAUCGCUGUUGAGAAGGUAUCAGCAGAGUCAAAACUUGAAGCUGCAGAACCUGCUUUGAAAGCAGCAGAAGAUGCUUUAAACACAAUCAAAGCUGCUGACAUAGCUACAGUAAGAAAGCUUGCUAAACCUCCUCAUCUGAUCAUGAGGAUCAUGGAUGCUGCACUCAUCUUAUUUAUGAGGGGCAUUGAUAAAGUACAACAGGAUCCGGAGAGGCCAACAGUCAAGCCAUCUUGGGGUGAAGCACUCAAGCUCAUGUCACAAAGUGGUUUCAUGGGUUCACUGAAAAACUUUGACAAAGAUUCGAUCAAUGAAGAAACAGUGGAAUUACUUGCACCCUAUUUUGAAGCGGAAGAUUAUACUUUUGAAAACGCUAAAAAGGUCUGUGGUAAUGUAGCAGGGUUGUUGUCAUGGACCAAAGCCAUGGUAUCUUUCUAUGGAAUCAACAAAGAAGUUUUGCCGCUAAAAGCAAAUCUUGCGAAAUCGGAAGCAAAACUUGCCAUUGCUCUUGCAGAUCUUGCCCAGGCCCAAGCUCAGUUAGAUGAGAAACAGAAAGAGCUAGAUGAGGUGCAAGCUAAGUUUGAUGCAGCGAUGAAAGAGAAACAAGAUCUCUUGGAUGAUGCUGAGUCAUGUAGGAGGAAGAUGACAGCAGCCACUCAACUAAUUGAAGGGCUUGGCGGAGAAAAAGUGCGUUGGACUGAACAAAGUCAAAAGUUUAAAGCUGAGAUCCUCGAGUUGGUUGGUAAUGUGUUGCUUGCUACUGGAUUCCUUUCAUACUGCGGCCCUUUCAACCAAGAAUUCCGUAACUACAUGAUUAAAGAGACAUGGGAGAAAGAGCUUAGUGAACGGAAAAUUCCGUUUGUGUCCGACCUCAACUUAAUAGCCAUGCUCAUCGAUGCUCCAACUAUCGGUGAAUGGAACUUACAAGGUUUACCUGGUGAUGAUCUUUCCAUACAAAACGGGAUCAUAGUAACGAAGGCGACACGUUAUCCUCUUCUUAUUGAUCCUCAAGGUCAGGGGAAGACAUGGAUUCGUAACAGAGAGAAAGAUAAUCACCUGAUUGUUACAACACUCAACCAUAAAUAUUUCCGCACCCACCUUGAGGAUGCGUUAUCACAAGGAAGACCACUUCUUAUUGAAGACAUUGGUGAAGAACUUGACCCAGCUCUUGAUAAUGUGUUGGAGAAAAAUUUCAUCAAAGCUGGCAGCACGUAUAAGGUUAAAGUUGGAGAUAAAGAAGUUGACGUGAUGAAUGGAUUCCAACUUUACAUCACAACUAAACUACCCAACCCUGCAUACACACCAGAGGUUAGCGCCAAAACAUCCAUCAUUGACUUCACUGUUACAAUGCAGGGAUUGGAGGACCAGUUGCUUGGAAGAGUAAUCCUUACUGAGAAGAAUGAGCUGGAGGCAGAGAAAGUGAAACUGAUGGAGGAAGUCACUCGAUAUAAGAGGAAGAUGAAAGAACUUGAAGAUAAUUUGUUGUAUAAACUCACAAGUACAAAGGGGUCCUUAGUUGAUGAUGAAUCAUUGAUUGAGAUGUUAGCCACCACCAAGGAAAUGGCAUUGGAAGUAAGCGAGAAAUUAUCGAUUGCUGCCGAUACAGAAGUGAAGAUCAACACGGCUCGUGAGGAGUUUCGUCCCGUGGCCAUUCGAGGAUCCAUCGUCUAUUUCUUGAUCGUUGAGAUGUCAAUGGUAAACGUGAUGUACCAAACCUCACUUCUACAAUUUCUUGGAUUAUUUGAUGAAUCAAUGGCAAAAUCAACUAAAUCUCCCAUCACUUCAAAGAGAAUCAACAACAUUAUUGAGUUUCUAACUUACACAGCGUUCAGAUACACUUGCCGUGGGUUAUAUGAGACACACAAACUUCUCUUCACCCUCCUCAUGGCUCUUAAGAUUGACCUGAGGAAAGGUUGCAUCCGACAAAGUGAAUUCCAAUCCUUCAUCAAAGGAGGAGCAGCCCUGGACCUUAAGUCUGUUGUUCCUAAACCUUGCAAGUGGAUCCUUGAUAUCACAUGGCUUAACCUUGUACAGCUGCAAAAACUACCAGAAUUCAGGGAAAUUUUAAACCAGAUCUCACGUAAUGAGAAGCAAUGGAAGAUGUGGUUUGACUCCGAAGCUCCUGAGGAAGAAGUCAUUCCAGAUGGAUACAGCGCAUCACUUGAUACAUUCAGGAAGUUGCUCCUCAUCAGAUCAUGGUGUCCGGAUCGGAUCAUGCCACAAGCGAGGAAGUACAUCUCAGAUUCACUCGGAGCACGAUUCUCGGAGGCAGUCAUCCUUAACUUGGAGGACACUCACCAGGAGAGCACGAUCCGUGUUCCUCUUAUUUGUCUUCUCUCACAAGGGUCGGAUCCAACCGAUCAAAUAUCAACUCUUGCUAAGAAGAAGGGAAUCGACUGCCGUGCUAUUUCAAUGGGGCAAGGCCAGGAAGUCCAUGCUCGUCGUUUAGUGAGCACACUGAUGCAGAUUGGAGGAUGGGUCCUCCUACAAAACUGUCAUCUUGGACUUGAUUUCAUGGAUGAAUUGUUAGAAACCGUGCAAACAGCUGAGAAUGUGAACCCAGCGUUCCGAACAUGGAUAACAGCAGAAGAACAUCCCAAGUUCCCCAUCACUUUGCUGCAGUCCAGUAUUAAAUUUACCAACGAACCUCCUCAAGGAGUUAAAGCCGGACUUACUCGAACAUUUGCUGGAAUUUCUCAAGAUCAGCUUGAUGUAAACAACCUACCACAGUGGAAACCUCUGUUGUAUGCCAUUGGCUUCAUGCAUACUGCUGUACAGGAGAGACGUAAGUUUGGACCCCUUGGUUGGAACAUCCCGUAUGAGUUCAACACAUCAGACCAUUACGCUACCGUGCAAUUCCUUCAAAACCAUCUGGAUGAUCUUGAUCCAAAGCGUGGUAUUCAAUGGAGCACUGUACGAUAUAUGAUUGGUGAAGUACAAUAUGGUGGACGAGUUACGGAUGAUUAUGACAAACAUCUACUCAAUACUUUCGCUGCAGUUUGGUUCCAUGAACAAAUGUUCAAUGAUUCGUUCUGCUUCUACACCGGGUACAUCAUCCCGCAGUUUAAAACAACAAAGGAGGUGAUGGAUGCGAUUGAUACUCUUCCUCUCACUGAUACUCCGGAGGUGUUCGGACUUCACAUGAACGCUGACAUCACUUACCAAACCAACUCCGCCACCGCGAUCCUUGAUACGAUCCUCAACAUCCAACCUAAAGAUGCGGGAGGAGGAUCGGGGGAGACGAGGGAGUCCGUGGUCUUCCGACAAGCUCACGAGAUGCUCGUUAAACUUCCUCCAGACUAUGUUGCUCACGAGGUUCGAACACGCCUUGUUAAAAUGGGUCUUCUUAAUUCUCUCAACAUCUUCCUAAAGCAAGAGAUUGCUCGGAUGCAGAAAGUCAUCACUUUGGUCCGGAUCACUCUCACUGACCUUAAACUUGCUAUUGAAGGCACCAUCAUUAUGAGUGAGAAUUUGCGAGAUGCGUUGGAUAAUCUGUUUGAUGCCAAAGUUCCAUCUUUAUGGAGAAAAGUGUCGUGGGAGUCGUCGACCAUUGGAUUCUGGUUCACUGAACUUGUGGAACGGAACGCUCAAUUAUCGCACUGGAUUUAUGAAGGAAGGCCAACUUGCUUCUGGAUGACUGGAUUCUUUAACCCACAAGGUUUUUUAACUGCCAUGAGACAAGAAGUAACUCGUAUGCACAAAGGUUGGGCGCUUGACACGGUUACUUUGCAUAAUGAAGUUCUCAAGCAAUUCAAGGAGGACAUAUCAACAUCCCCUACUGAGGGAGUUUAUGUGCACGGUUUAUUCCUGGAUGGUGCUGCAUGGGAUAGAAGGAACUCAAGACUCAUAGAAUCUCAACCUAAAGUUCUCUUUGUUCCUCUUCCAGUGGUUCAUGUGUUUGCCAUUAAUUCCACAGCACCAAAAGAUCCCUCUCUUUAUGUUUGCCCUGUGUAUAAGAAACCAUGUCGCACAGAUCUAACCUACAUAACACCAUUAUGGUUGAAAACCAACCAGAAACCAUCACACUGGACCAUGCGUGGUGUCGCUCUGCUUUGUGACAUCAAAUAAAUUCCACCACUGACUCGGUUUAAUAAAAUGUAUUUUAAACUUUUCCAACUCACUGUGCUGGUUAAAAAUUUAAGUUAAGUUUUGCUAAUAUUUUGUUUACUUUUUUUCCUCUAAAAAUUGUUAAUUUGCCUUCGUGUUCGAAAGUAUUAAAUAAAAGUUUUUGUUUUUAAUAUGUUUUUCUUAGAUGCUGCGUUCUAGGUCAUUUUUUAUCAAUGUUUGAUGAAGGCAUAUAGGUAUAGGUGUUAACAUAUAGUAGGAUGGGGGAAGAUGGGACAAUUUAUCCGAUGAGCUUUUUUUAAACUUAAUUUUCACGGACACUACUAAUAAUAAUAAUAAUAAGGAAAAUAAUGUUACAGAAUUAUUUGACAGUAUUAUCACAACUUUAUAAAAAGAAUAUUUUAAACAGGUAAAAAAAUGCGAAAUAGUUAGGUGCUAAGUUUAAACGGUGGCAAAAUCAUAGUAAGCCAAUGAAAUUUUAUAGUUUGCGAGUGUGAAUGAUUAAACUAGUUUCAUAGCUUUAUAAAAACACCCUUGAAUAUUUCGAUCAGUCUGAUUUUGUCUUAUAUAACUAGUUUUGGUUUUGUGAAAAAAAAGAGUUAUAAACAUGAGGAAAGUAGGCAGGAGUCACCAUGACUUUUAUAGGUUAACUACAAGUUGCCGAACACUGUUAAUGUAAAUAUAUUUCACCUUGGUAUCCCAUCUUCCCCCACAUUGUAGUUUUUUAGGUUUUUAUUGCCAUAGCCCACUCUGACAGGUUUACUUUAAUUCAAUAAUUUAUACCCAAGGGGUUAUUCAAAUAUAAUAUAAGCAUACUGAUUAAAUAACAAGAUAAUAUAUGGAAAAUAUAUUUAAAAUUUAGUCAUUUUGCACUUCGAGAUAAUUUAAGAGAAGUGGCUCGGGCGAAAAACAGUGUAGUAAUACCCAAUUUGUAGCAAACAUGUAAACUUUAUUAAUUUUAUUAUCAAUUUUCUGUUAUAAAAAGUGCAUAUGCAUUUGAAAGAUACUCAUUAAAACCAAUUUCAUACAAUAAUUUUGUAGGUAACAUGUUAAAACUAUAGCACUAGGGCAAGGAAAAGAAUGUUUAACCUUGCUUUUUAAAGCGUACAGUUUUAUUUCGUGAUAUUUACGUGCAUUCCUAUUAAUAAAUGCACUUAGUAAUGAAAAUUAACAAUGAGUUUAAACUGUCCUGUCUUACCCUGUCUUUUUGGAAUUUAACACAUUUAACUUGUUGUGAGAAUUGCUGAAUAACUCCUCGUGAGAGAUAUUAUACUUUUUGAAUUGUUGUCAAUUGAUAAAGGAAUGAUACUACUAAUUCCUAAUUCGUGGUAUCACC